AUGAAACUCGCCACGCUUUUCGUCUAUGCAGCACCUCUCGUGCUGGCUGUAACCCCGCAACGAAGUCUAUCCAACAUCGUCCCAAUCCCGUCUUUGUCGUUUUCGUCGCUCCCCACGUUCUCCCUGCCCACGCUGUCGUUGCCCACGCUGUCUGUCCCGUCGCUCUCCUUCCCGUCGCCGUCGAUUCCUACCAGCUUGCCCGUUAGCGGCAGCGCCAACCCACCUCCAUCGCAAUCGACUUCGGCCCCGGUUUCUGGCAGUGGCUCCAGCUCUGGCUCGGCCACCUCUUCAGCGCCGCCCUCCCAGUCAUCCACGCCAAAUGCCGCGGCCCGCCAAAUCACGGCGGCAAACGGGGCCGCUGUCGCACUUGGCGCAGGGCUUGUCGGCGCCCUGCUUGUUUAG